ACAUCCUUAUGCGAACCCAGUGACUCUUUCAAAGUAUAAUUUUUGGUGAGACAGGGUUGACUCAUGCCACACCUCAGCUGAUAUAAUUAUUUAAGUAUUUAGAAACACACCUGAGUCAGCAUUUAAACAGAAUCAUGUCUCUUAAUAUGCACAAAUAAUGCAAGUAAAAGCAAAAUUACGCAGUUCCAUUUGAUCCAAUAAUGCUUUAAUGCUCAACAUACCGGACAGUAACGAUGUUGGAUAAAAAAAUGCAAACAUUUGCUUCACAUUCUACGUAGCUCCAGGAAAAGUUCGGCUGGGAUGCCUUCAAGAAGGUGUUUGCCGCCUACCACAAGAUGAGCAACUUCCCCAAUGACAACCACGGAAAGAUGAACCUGUAUGCUGAGACCUUCUCCCAGAUUGUGGGGAUGAACCUGGCUGGGUUCUUUAAGGCCUGGGGCUGGCCCAUACAAGCAGCCACUCAGGAGAAACUCUCCAAGCUGCCGCCCUGGAGUGAUCACCCCAUGGUUCGGUUUGGCUGAACAUCACACUGCUGCAGUCUUAAGGAAAAAAAGAAUAGCAGCUUCUUGACAUGAAAAAUGUAAUGGGGGAGUUAAUUUAGCUGGCACUGCUCUCUUUCUUUGUUGCUGUUGCAUUCUAAAUAUAGGUGUUGAAGCAUUUGAAGUGAAAAACAGAAACAACAUACUGUCUUUGACCAGAUACAGAUUUUUAAUUUAGUAUCUGCAUUGGAAAUUGACAACUGAUUGUCUUGAAAGGGGAAAAAAGUAGGGUAGUUGUUCUAUUUUGUUUGUGUUUUCUGUUUGCAGUUCUUGAACUUCAAAGCAAUAGUAAAAGUGAUGCACAAAAAACAGGGAUUUUUUUUCAGGGUCAUAAUUUCUGUAAUACUUUUAGAGAUGUGUGGAUGUUUCUUGUGGGGCUGCAUCUUCCAUUUGCUUUAAUGCUCAGUCAUAAUACUCACAUGAUACGGAGUAUCAAUAAGUGAGUCAGGCUUUAUAACAUGGACACACCUUUGCUUUCACUACACUGAUAUUUACUGCUGCCAAAGACACUAAUAAAUAUUUACUUCACCUUGUAGAGCUGUCUUUUUAUUCAUCCGUCUGAGUGAGAGGAGAAGUAAGGGAUGCAUCGGUGUACAAAAUAUCAAAUUCAUAUGAGUCUAAAUAGCACUGAUGUGAAUUAAAGCAGACGCUCGAGCUACCAAGUAUUGCUAAACGUGAAAACAAUACUGUCUUCCCACAAGAAUUUCAACCUUAAAUUUAUUGCCAAUCAUUUUAGUUUGGAGCAGGUAUUAUAUCAGCUUUCUGCAGUAUUCUUUGUAGGAAGUAAAAAUGUUCCAAACAAAUCAAACACAUAUUCUGUAUUUUAUCUGUAGCUGAAUGAACAUUUGUCUGGACAUUGUUAGGUGACCUUUACUAGUCCACAUUGUUCCCUGUUGCUUUGAGGCAGACAUAAUGCCAUUGCAGCACCCGUAAUGCUAAGGAUUAAAGUUGAUCAUUUGUGGCCAUAACACAUUAGAAUUGUGUAAUAAUAUUUCCUUUGUUGGAGCGGAAAUGCCAAUUUGACAUGAUUUCGUAUUUUUCCAGCACUCCCAGGGCAACCCAGUUCUGUUUAAGCCUGUUAAAACGUAUAUUGCCACAAAUAUUAUGAAAAUAUAUAUCUGGACUGCAGAUCAUGCCUUUCUCCCUCUACCUCAAAAUGAAAAUGUGUUAGUGUAAUAUGAUCGCAUACUGUUAGAUAUUUCUAUUGCAACACAAAACUGCCAGAGGUUUCUUCCAGAAAUUAUCAGACAAAAACACUUCAGUGUCCACACGAUGUAUAACUGGCUCAACAUCAACAAAUAUUGAUUUUUUUCCAACUGUAUGAACAGGUUUGCAGUCCCAGUCAGGCUGUAGCUCUGUCGUAGCCCUCAUGUAUAAGCCUUUAGCAAAUAAAACAGUGUUGACUCAGAGGAUUUGGAAUCCAUUCUGUCCAGUGAUAUAUGAUCUGUCUCUUAAUCUCAGUCUCAGCUUCAGUUGUUUUAACUCUCUCCUAUUAUUGUCUUUGUCUUUAGAAAUCAAAUAGUCCCUCCUCUUCUUGAUCUCAUUUAUAUACACUCUCUUCCUGAUCUUAGUGUUUGGGAAACUGUUGUACGGCAGUGAAAUAACAUAAGCAGAAAACCAGCAUAAUAUUCAGGGCAGCCAGAUUGAUACCACGGACAUCCAUCUAAGAACAGCUGUUAAACCUUGUGCCAACGUGACUUACAUUCAGACCUAAUACAGCUUUCUUUUGCUGUCCACCCUCCUAAGACAAACUUUAGAACAUUAAUUCUUCUCAUCAUGUCCAAACAGCGCAUAAUAGACCACCAUGAAGAAGCCUACAUCUCCCUGAUGACAGGCUUGAAAGACCUGGACCUUCGAGGCCCUUAUAUUCCCAGUGACCUGGUGCUGAUUGGAUAUCAUGCUUUUCCUUUAGCAAUGAACAGCCGAGGCCAGGUCCUGAUGGCAGCCUCUCUGUAUGGCAGUGGAAGGAUCGUGGUCCUGGGUCACGAGGGCUACCUGUCCACUUUUCCAGCUCUGGUAGAGAACGCUCUGACCUGGCUGAGAGAAGAUGGAUCUGACAACGUCUCUGUAGCAGUGCACAGGAACGUCAAGAGCGUUGCUGAUAACCUCCGAAAAUCCAGCUUCCAAGCAGAAGUAGUGGGGGGCUUUCAGGACAGUCUUGGAGUUGGUGUUUAUGUGACGGACGCCUACAGUGUUGGUGCAGACACGAAGGAACUGGUGGCGUUUAUGAAAGCAGGAGGAGGAGUGCUGAUAGCAGGACAGGCCUGGAGCUGGGCUGAACGUCACCCUAAGCAGAACACACUGCUUCUGUUUCGGGGUAAUAAGGUGUCAGGGGUGGCAGGAAUCUACUUCUCUGAGCAUCAGGGUGAUGCAGAGUACCUGCAUGUCUACCCUCAGAUCCCAACCUCUUGGAUGGCUGUAGUGAUAGGUAAGGAUUUUGAGGACGACUUGGAAUUCUUACUCGAGGGCAUUUCAGAGUUUGACCUCCAGAAUGGGGUUGUAGCUUCUGAGCUUCUGAUCCACGGCCCUCUUGCCUUUCCCAUCGGUACCACAGAGGAUGGACGAGCAUUUCUGGCAGGAGCCUACUAUGGGCAGGGACGGGUUGUUGUGAUCACACAUGAAGGACUUCUGAAGCGAGAGACACUGGCUCCAUUUUGGAACAAUGCCAUUCGCUGGUUGGAUGAAGGCCGGAAUGGGGUUGUUGGUGUGGUGCCAGACCUCCACGAAGCCUUCAACCUCGUCCACAAGGCA